AUGACACACUUGCGGCAUUUCGUCUUUUUGGACAAGACCUUGAGGACAAUUGAGGAUAAAGAUGGCGCCAAAGUUGAGAUCAAGUCACUGGUCGAUAUCGCCGGGAGCAACCUCUUUCUUUUCCUACUGGAAUCCUCCGGUCUAGUCCACAUUUGCUACAAAUCGUUUAAACGGGAUGACAUACUCAAGGAGGUACAGUUUAGGGCGUUUGAACACGAGGCUGUGAACAUCUUCUUUUGUCCACUCGGGAAUGCAAUCGUCGUUACAGGUGACAAAUAUGGCAUAUUGGAUCUGGUAGCUACUUACUAUCACAACUAUGACAAUAGCGGGACUAUACGAACACCUCUCAUUCUUGGUAUUAGAGACUAUUUAAGAGGGCCAUACGAAUGGUAUGAAAACACUGGAGAUGGUAUAACAUGGAGACCAAUAAAUGGUACAGGGUAUAAGAAUAGGAUAAGAGUUAAACUCAAUCCAGACACAUUUAGCUUCCCAAAUUAUGUUUUGUUUGAGCACACCUCGACUCAAGGGAGUGAGCUUACCAUAGGAGGAUUUAACAUCGGAGAAUCUAGUAAUGAAAAGUAUAACAAUAGAUGGUUUAAGAGAAUUGAUGGUGGAAAUAGAUGGGAAGAAGCUGCUGACUUUAACUUUAAAAACAAGACACUAGAGGAGGUUAAUAAAUAUGUUAAGAAAAACUUCCAAACUAUUACAGGGAAUUUAAGUGUACAAGAAUGCAGCGCUCCUGGUAUUGUCCAGUUGGAUGUCAAUAAGAUUCCAUCUCCUGGAAAGAAUGAAACUGUCUACUUUUAUAAUGGAACACCCAUUCAUGUUGAAAAGAUUGAUGGGAAUGGGUCGACUAACAGGAUCUCUGUUACUGGGUUUUUUGUAUACUUUUGGCAGGGUGAACCAAAUAGGCCAAUACUUCUUGGAAUUACCAAGGUUAGUGAUACACCAGAAUAUUACUCUUACUGGGGAAAUACUGGAGGAGGACUAGGUAACUGGAGUAGCAGGCUUACUUCUGGUAAGCUACUUGAAUACCUACUGGAUGAUCAAAAUUGCCGGAGGAACUAUGCCAUUCCGGUUAAUCUCAACAAGCCAGAAGAUCCUUACCAGUUCUUGUCCAGUGGUAACAAAUCCACUUGCAUAAAAGAAACCAGGAAAAUCAGCGGUCCUACUAUAAUAUCUCCAUCCAGUCCUCCAAAUAGUGAAUAUACUGUUAAAGAAUAUACAGUUGGCGGUGGUGGCGGCACCCAAAUUUCCAGAGCAACCUAUGAUAAACAAGGUACUACUGGUAUUACUCUUCCAAGGAGUUAUGCAAUCUCUAAGAUUAGGGUAUACUUGCAUUCUAGCAUUCCUCUCAUGUUACAGUUUAUGCCAAAGAAUGCUGAAGAAAAAUCAAAGUGGUUCUAUAGCACUCGUGAAAAUGGUCUGACCUGGGCAUCGGCUAGUAAGACAAAGUCAGAGAAAUUUUAUGCUGGAGGUCAACCUACUGAGGCACUUACAACUGAGCUCGAUGAUGUUAGAUGCCUACGUAACAGUGCGGUUACCCUAAAUCUGUCUCUGGACAAUUCUAAGACUCUUUCUGAUAAACAUACUAGUGGUGAGAACAAGUACUGUUGUGAGAAGCAUAGUGAGGUAGAAAGGAAGGUAACCGUUACCAAUGGACCAAAUUCUUUGGAUGGAUUAUCUCUUACAUGCUACAAGCACGAAAUUGACAUUGGAACUGAACUAAUAGGUAUCAAGUAUUAUAAUGGUCAGUCUAGUGGUAGGAAGAGUAUAAAAUUAACUGGAAAUGAAUUUCCCAUCCCUGGUUCUCUCAGUGUCUACACAUUCUAUUGUGGAGGAAAACCUGUACUCAUAUACAUGAACCAUACUUCAAACGGAACGGCUAAAGGUUGGUAUAAGAAAGAUGGCGAUGAUCAACCAUGGGUUAGGCUCUCCAAUGAACUCCCUAAUGAGAUACCUGACAAUUUUAAAGAAUGUGGCCAAAAGACACAACUCCUAGAACAACUUGGAAAACUAGGUUGUCAAAAUUUAGGACAUUGUACUCAAAACUCUAGUGGUGCCACUAUGGUAAGUGUAGCCUAUGGAACUGGAAGGGGUCCUGAUAGAGGAACUCGGAGUACUAAUAGACUGGAUGGAGAAUCUGGUAGAUUAAGUUCAUUCGGGGCUAUAUUCCAAGAAGAUGAAAAUGUUAGUUCUAGCUCUGAACCUGUUAAACCUGAUCCUGUUGAACAAACUACUGAUCACUCUGAAACUUCCAAAAUACAAAAGGUUGAUGACGCUGAUGCAUCCGCUGGAACUCUUCAACGUGAUUGUUCUGAUGCUAAUGUUGUUAAUGCCGGUGAACCUCAAGGUAAAUCUCCCCAAUAUGAACCUGGUGCUGAUGGUCUAGAAGUUGCUACUGAAGAAUCUAACCAAGAUAAUGCUAAUCUUAGAGGUGGAUCUGCUGAAUAUCCUGGUGCUAAAGCUAGAGGUCCUGUUCCUGCUCCUCCUAAAGCUGGAGAAGAAUAUGGAGGUAUUGUUCAAGCCCCUCAGUUGAUACAAUCUACCCCGAUGUUCCCAAACAAGGAUUUUCAUAAUGAUAGAGUUGUUUCAGUUUCAGUUUCUGAAUGCGCUUCCCUAGUUGCAAUUGCAACAGAGAGCCAUGGCAUAUACAUCUACAACCACUAUCUUUUACCAACAGAACACCCAAAUACGCAGCAAAUUUUGAUGGUUAUAGACGUACAAAAGUACCUGAAAAACGAAAAGGGAACAUUGAUUCGUGGGAUAUCCCUUAUUCGCUCUCAAUCAUCCCAUGUUCUCUUUGUGUGUUGUGAAUACACGGUAUUAUCGCUAUAUUUGGAGAAUGAAAUUGAACUUAUAUUUAAGGACUCGGUGGAAAAAUUUGAAACCUUUUGUGUUAUCCCAAAUACUUCUAUUAUAGCUGUAAGUACAAAAGGAGGUACAAUUUUUCUUUAUGAUGCUAAAACCGGUGAAAAGAAUCAUAUGAUUGGUAGUGGUCCUUGUGCUCUUGUUUCGCCGUUUAAGGAUUAUAUUGUGAGUGUUUCAGGUACUGCCAGUGCCUUUGAAACAGCACCUGCAAGUUUGGUCACUGUACAAUCUAGGCAUAUGAACUUCGUUGCAUAUUCGCAAUACAUUCAACACGUUACCGCUGUUACAGAGGCUCUUUCUACUUGUUUUGUGGCUGUCCAAGGACACUCUGGAACUUGUGUUCUUUUGUUUGAACUGCACAGCAAGGAUAUUCACGAUAGACUACAAAUUUUAAUUAGGAAACGUCUAUUUUCACACGCAAUCAAAAUGGCUAAGUUGGAGUCUAGACCAACUGGUGAGAUUGAGGAGAUACACCGUAUCCAUGCAGACUGGCUUUAUGAACGUGGAAAAUACAAGGAGGCUGUUGAAGCAUACUGUUCUGCUGGUUCGUCGGUUGAACCGGCGCAUGUUAUAGAACGUUUUCUUCUCCUGAACACGAAAAUAUACCUGUACACAUACCUUUUGCAUCUGCACAAAUACAAUAUAGAUGCACCGAUACAUACCACUUUACUCAUAAAGUGCCUACAAUCCAUUUACAUGUGCACCGCUUCCACAGACUACAAAUAUGCAAUGGCGAUAGAUAAGGAAUAUGGUCUCUUGCACAAAUUUCUAGAGACAUUUGGAACCAGUCACAGAGAGAGAAUUAGAGAAGCGCUUAAGGAAUGUAGAGCUUCUAGAGGGUUUGAGUUUGCAAAGCAUGUCGCUUUAGCUCUCAAGGAUGAGGAAGAGUAUAUAUCUAUUUUAAUUGAGGACUUUUCUGAUUAUGAAAAGGCCAUGGAAGCCCUGAAGGGCGCAAACGAUGAAGUUUGUUGUAAUAUAAUAUUAAGACAUGGAAGACAGCUCAUGAAGUAUGAUGAAAGCGCAUUGGAGGCUCUAAUCAGUCGCAUAAAUACUUCAAUGUCAGAGUACAAUAUGAAUGUUUAUGAUGUAUUUUUACCGGUAUUUACCAUGGACACUGCCUUUCUUUCAAAAAUGGUUGGAUUUGAUGGAAAGGGACUUUCACUAUACACCUUUGCAACGAGGUUACAGAUUCUAUUGGAGGGUCUUCAACAGGCAGAUUCAUCCGAAGUUAAGAGCGCAAGAUCAUAUGAAGGAGCUACAGAUGGGAGAUUCCCCGAAAAAAGUGCGCGUUCGCACACACUCUCACAUGCAGAUAGUACAGUGUAUGGUCACGGAGAGGGAAUGAUGAGUAUGGAAACAAUCGUAAAUACAACUCGGACGGAACAAGAUACUUCUAGAUCAGAUCAACCAGAAGCAUCUAAUGCCCUACCAGUAGACAUUAUACAAGAUAAGAUAUGGAGACUCUUGAACAGCAGUACACAGACGUUGGAAUAUCAAGUUAUUGCGAUGCUACUAUGUUUGUUAUAUGGAUUUAAACAGGGUGCUAACGCAAUGGCUGUGAAAAUGGGUUACUAUCACAUUCCACUUGCCAUCUCAAAUGGUAUGAGCGACGAAGAAUUCAAGCCUCUGGAAUACGCCCUAAGAUACGGUUAUAAUGAACCGACAUUGUGGGCUGGAACAUUAUCAGUCAUUGCUGGGAUGGCCGAAAAGACACCAAAUUUAAUUUUGGAGGCCCUUCAACAUAUUCAAAAUUACAAACUACUCCCAUUUCCGACCGUUGUAAAUAUUUUAAAGCAGCACAAACACAUCACAUUCAGACAUGUAAAGGACUAUCUGAGACGAGAAUUUAAAAGGCUACACGAUGCAAUUUCAGAGAUUGAAAAGGAUAUAAUGCAGGAUCAACUGGAGUGCGAGGCACUGAAUAGGGAACUUCAAAGUUUCAAGCAAUCGUAUAUCAUCUUAAACAAUACAAACUGUUCAAACUGCGGUCUUCACCUCGAGUUCCCAUCCUUGCACUUUUACUGUAAGCAUUCCUUUCAUAUUUACUGCGUUGGAAUCGACAAUAAAUGCCCCAAGUGUUACCCAAUCAUUCAGGAAAUCGAGGAGUCGAACGAAUCAUCAAGUAGUUCAAAGCAGGACAGUUUUUUCAAAUUCCUCAGCGGUUCAUCGGAUCCAUUCGAGUACAUUUCACAACAGUUCAGCAAAUUUAGCCUCAAGAAGUAA